AUGAAGGGUGGAGAGAAAAACAAACAGGUCAUUCAUCAGCUUUUGCUACUUUCUGCACUUCUUUUUUCAGGACUAGAAGCCAGUGCUCUAUCAUAUGAUUACACAGCUAGUGUUGAGUGUUUGGAGAAUCCUCAUAAACCACAAUACGGUGGCGGAGUGAUUAUAAACUCAGAGUUGAACGAAGGGUUAGAGGGAUGGUCUGCAUUUGGAGAUGCAAAAAUGGAGCACAAAAUCUCUGCAACUAAUAACUUCGUAGUUGCUCACUCUAGGUUUCAACCUUUCGAUAGUGUCUCUCAGACCCUCCACUUAGAAAAUGACAAACUCUAUACGUUCUCCGCUUGGAUACAGGUGAGUGAAGGAAAGACUUCUGUAAGGGCUGUUUUCAAAACAAAAUCUGGGUACAAGCAUGCUGGUAGCGUUGUGGCUAAGGCAAAUUGUUGGUCCAUGCUCAAGGGUGGCGUGACUGUUGACGAAUCAGGUCCUGCUGAUCUUUACUUUGAGAGUAAUAACACAUCAGUUGAUAUUUGGGUGGAUAGUAUUUCACUGCAACCUUUCACUCAAGAGGAGUGGAAAUCUCACCAAGAUGAAAGCGUUAACAAGAUGAGAAAGAGAAAAGUCAGAAUCCAAGCUGUUGAUACGUUUGGGAAACCUGUAGCUAAUGCAACAGUCUCCGUAUCACAGAAAAGACUCGGUUUCCCAUUUGGGUGUGCUGUAAACCAGAACAUCCUUGGAAAUACAGCUUAUCAGAACUGGUUCUCCUCAAGAUUCACCGUCACUACGUUUGAGAACGAAAUGAAAUGGGCAAGCAUCGAAUCCACACGAGGCAUCGAGGACUACUCCAUCCCGGAUGCCAUGCUCAAGUUCACCAAGAGCCAUGGGAUAGGAGUUCGAGGCCACAACGUCUUGUGGGAAGAUCCUCAGUACCUACCACGGUGGGUUGAUUCACUCUCCACGAAUGAUCUUAAGAACGCUGUCACAAAACGUAUAUACUCCAUCAUGAGAAGAUACAGAGGCCAAGUUAUAGGAUGGGAUGUUGUUAAUGAGAAUUUACACUUUUCUUUCUUCGAAAGCAAGCUUGGUGCGAGAGCUUCUGAAUUGUUUUAUGCAGUUGCUCAGAUGAUUGAUCCAACGCAUACAAUGUUUAUGAACGAGUUUAAUACUGUGGAGGAGAGUAGAGAUAGCAAAGCAACACCGAGUAAGUACCUCGAAAAAUUAAGAUCAAUAAAAUCUAGUCGUAGUAAUACCAACUUAGGAAUCGGACUCGAAUCACAUUUUGGUAGUGGUGCUCCAAAUCUUCCUUACAUGAGAUCAGCCAUUGACACUCUAGCUGCAACUGGAUUGCCUAUUUGGCUCACGGAGGUAGACGUACAAAGCGGCGGUGAUCAGGCAAAAUACUUGGAGCAGAUUCUUAGAGAGGGACAUUCGCAUCCUAAAGUGAAUGGAAUUGUGAUGUGGUCGGCAUGGAGUCCACAGGGAUGUUAUCGUAUGUGUCUGACCGAUAACAAUUUUCGGAACUUGGCAACCGGGGAUGUUGUGGACAAACUUUUGCACGAAUGGGGCGGUAGAGUCGAAGGCAAGACGGAUGUAAAUGGCUUCUUUGAGGUCUCACUCUUCCAUGGAGAUUACGAAGUAAACCUCACUCCCUCAACUGGUUUACCUUCUUCAAGCUCUUUUAAGUUGGCUUCAACAGAUGGUGAACCUCAUCAAACAACGCUGCUCGUCAGGAACUCUUGA